GAAAAGACAAGGGUGUGUUCUACAAAAGAAAAGGAUUAAGAGCAACACUGACAGCUGGAUAUCAACAGCUGAAGACUUCUCCUUUCACUGCUUAGAGCUCAUAAGGCUGAAACACAGAAAGAUCCCUCCUCCUUAAAAUGUUUAACGGGGAGGCCAGUUCCUCGGCAAAGAAUGUCAUCCGGAGUUCCAGCAUCAGUGGGGAGAUGUAUAACCUUGAGAAGGGUAACUCAGGAACACCGGAUGCAUCCGGCACCACCACAACUAAAAAGAGGAGGUCUAGCCUGGGAGCCAAGAUGGUUGCCAUUGUUGGACUGUCUCAGUGGAGCAAGAGUACUCUACAACUAAACCAGCCUGAUGGUACCACAAAGAAGCUACGUAGUAAUAUUCGGCGCAGCACAGAGACAGGCAUUGCAGUGGAAAUGCGCAAUCGAGUGACAAGGCAAGGCAGCAGGGAAUCCACUGAUGGUAGCACAAACAGCAACAGCUCCGAUGGCACAUUUAUCUUUCCCACAACCCGGCUAGGAGCAGAGAGCCAGUUCAGCAACUUCCUAGAUGGUCUGGGGCCAGCGCAGAUUGUAGGGCGACAGACACUGGCAACGCCUCCUAUGGGUGAUGUUAAUAUUGGAAUGAUAGACAGGAAUGGUCAGCUGGAAGUGGAGGUUAUCCAGGCCAGGGGUCUGACACCCAAACCAGGCUCCAAAACUAUUCCAGCUCCAUACAUAAAAGUAUAUCUGAUAGAAAAUGGAGCAUGUCUCGCCAAGAAAAAGACCAGGACAGCCAAGAAAACCUGGGACCCGGUAUAUCAGCAGGCUCUACUGUUUGAUGAGGGACCCCAAGGCAAAGUCUUACAGGUGAUAGUUUGGGGUGACUACGGGAGAAUGGACCACAAAUACUUCAUGGGAAUGGCCCAGAUCCUUUUGGAGGAGCUGGAUUUAAGUACAUGCGUUACAGGCUGGUACAAACUAUUUCCCACAUCCUCAAUUGCGGACUCCAGCAUUGCUCCGCUCACACGCCGACUCUCUCAGUCUUCACUAGAGAGUUCCACCAGCCCGUCAUGCACUUAA